GCUGUUGCGAAAAAGAAAUUAACGGGAUAUCAUCGACUGGUCACACCGCAGCCACAUCAAAUCGGGGGUCUGGCGUGUGACCCUGUUAUUUCUAUUCUACAAUAAAAGAGCUGUGUAAUCUAAGAAAGGUCGUGCACCGUUAAAAUAGUGAUAGAACUGAAAUUCUAGUGUCUUUAUGUGCAAAAUAUGGAGCGUGCUACAGGAACUGAAGUGUACGGGUGUGGCUCGCCCCAAACGACGGACAUAACGCUGAAUAUACAAACUACGACUGGUGGUAGUUUCACUAUCAGCCUGAGUGUUAAAAAUACUGUGGAAUACCUUAAAAAGCUCGUGUCUAAGAAACUGAAGGUGUCGAAGGACCGAAUAUGCCUGCUGCAUCGCGAAAGACAACUGCGGGAGGGCACGCUGGAGGAGAACGGGCUGCGGGACGGCGCGCGCGUGGUGCUGCUGCCCAGCGUCGAGACGGGGCUGCUGAGCCAGAGACCUGAGAACUCGGUGAUGCAAGCUCUAGAAUCCCUCAAUGAGACACAAGUGAAUGACUUCCUGAGUGGCAAGUCUCCCCUGAACCUGACGAUGCGGCUCGGCGACCACAUGAUGCUGAUCCAGCUGCAGCUGUCGACCCUGAGUGCGGCGCGCGCGCUGCGCGGGCAGGGCGCCAGCAAGGCCGCCGCCGCCCCGCCGCUGCGCUUCUCCAAGCAGGAGCCUGAGACCUCCACCCCACAGACAACCCCUGAAAAGACCACCAGCAGUGAUUCUGAACCUUCCACUUCUACAAGCAGCGCUACACCCCCAAAAAAAGAGAGGAUGUUUUUAAAACAAGACUUAGAAAUGCUAAAAAAUGCUUUUGAUAUUUAUCGUAACAUGACAGAAGAUACUGACAAAGAAGCAUCAGCCUCCCUCGACAUAGACAAAGAAGAACUACUGGACACUUCCAACUGUACAGUCUCAGACUUAUCAGACACUUCAGUAGAAAAUGACCAGUCGCCUAUUAAAUCUCUAUCAAAUUUAGUUUCCAGCCCCUUAGAUGCAACUACCUCAGAAACUAAGGAGUCUAUCGCAAAUUCUGUAAGGACUAGCUUGAUAGAUCUCCUAUCAAAUAAAAUGAAUAGUGAACACAAAACACCAAUAAAAAGCAGUAAGAAGCCGAGUCAGCCACCAGUGUCUUCCCUUACCCCGGACAGCUCUCUCAGUGAUGACGGAGAGAGCUUCACCGACCAGAGUUCAUUUCUGGCUGAGAGCACCAUCGAUGAGUACCCCAUGGAGAAUCUGUUCAACAGUGCUGUAGACAAGGGACUGUUUGAGGAGCAGGACGAGUCGAUGAUGGACAGAGAGAUCUCCAACCUUGCCACAAUGAGUCACGGGACGCAGGAGUCCACCGCCUCCGGAGCACUGCCUUCCUUCCAAAGUAUAAAUGAGCCUUUAAAGACUAAACGCUUUCAGUACUUGCUUCACAAAACGUCGAAGUUCAAGCAUCCCAUUGGCCAGAACAAGCAGAAGGCGUUCAUGCAGUCAGUGGUUAAUAAACAUAAGAAAAAGAUGCAGAUUCGACAGGAUACUACGCAGGCGCAACCGUCCACGUCGCGCACGGAGCCCUACUUCAUCAACCCGCGCAAGCUGAUCCUGCAGCCGAGCGGCGCCGCCGGCGACCCCGCGCCCUCCACCUCCACCGCCAAGGAGACCUUCCGCACCCCCGAGACCCCCCGCCGAUACAGAGUACCCCCCCGCCACGUCGAAGCAAAAGACAUCAUUGAAGCCUCCAAGAAUCUAACACAGAAACUGAAGAAGCUAUCAAAGGAAGUGUUGACAAACAAGAUUGAUCUCAGAAAUACAGAGGAGCCAGCAGUUCGCACCAAAGUCGGUCCCGGUGCUGUGAUAGAGUCCAUGAAGCAUCAUGGCAAAGGAAUAUAUUCCGGGACGUUCUCUGGCACUCUGAACCCCGCGCUGCAAGACAGAUACGGGCGGCCGAAGCGCGACAUCUCGACAAUCAUACACAUAUUGAACGACUUGCUCUGCGCCACUCCACCUAUCGCCUUGUCGCAGAAAGAGACUAAGGAGGAGGCAAAGUGCGGGGGGUGCAGCCAGGCGGCGUGCGGGGGGGGGUGCGAGCCGUGCGCGGCGUGCGCCGGCCGGGACGCCGCCUGCAAGCAGUGCGACACCGCCAAGACCCUGGCGCUGGAGAACAACAAGACCAAGUGCAAGCUCGAGCAGCUGCGUCUCGUCAUGCAGCAGAAGAAGCAGCGGCGGGAGGCGCGCAAGAUGAAGACCAUGCCCUACCCCUCGCCCGCCAAGCUCGCCACAGACAACCCGGCUGGCAUACAGGACGAGAUCGACACGGCCGCCUAGCCAGCCGCCAACCCCACUGUACAGACGCCCCCGUAGUAAAUACACUCCACGAUUAGCGCAGCUCAAAAUUUGACCUUCGUUGUUGUUUUUUUAGAUUUAUAUUUUAUCGAUUCAGUCAACUUUUAGGGCAGAUUAUUAUAUUAGUUUUAAUUUUUUAGAUGUAUGUAACUCUUAAAUUUACCGGUCGGACACAUAUUUUUCCCUUGUGGUGGUUGAACGUUAGUUUGUCGCCACACAUUCGCUCUUCAUAGUUUGUUCAGCACUCAAUCGGCACUGUUAUACUAUUCUUAUUAUACUUACUUAUUUUUGUUUGUUAAAAGAAUCUCCCUUUUCUCAGACAUGUUUUCAAUAAAUAUUUUAAUAUUCAUAACUUUAUGUUUUUCAUUUGUUUUUAUGUUUUUUUAUGUAAUCAUUAUCAACUUUACAGUAUGCAAUGUUAAGAAAAUCAAGUUUUACUCUGCAAUAAUAGUGGUAUUUAUCAUUAUAACACCAAUAUAUAGCUUUGUAAAUGUGCAAACUUAUUUAGUGCUUUUAAAGAUAUACCUCAUCAUUAGGAAAUGUAAUGCCGGUGGGAUGCCUAGAAAUAGGACUAAUUUAGAUGUAAUGUAAAAAUAUAUUGUGAAUAUAACGAAUUAUAAAAUUGCGAGGACUAAUACUGCAUAACAGUGAUCUAUAAUGAAAUGUACGUUUAUAAUUUUAUUUUUAAUGCAAUAUCUAGACGGUGGAGUAACAAAUCGUGAGUUAGAAUUUCGAUUGAAAACUAUUACAGAAAGACUGCUCUUAAACUUAGCCAAUCGAUUGGAUUGAAAUACUCUAUAGUGGAGAGGUUCUUGCACCGUUUGUUAUCCCUCCAUUUAUUGGUUUAUAUAAAAUAUAGGAAUUUUAAAUAGGUCUCCUACAUUGAGGCAUCAUGUAUCCUACUGUUUCCACCAGAGGGUGGACGAUGGUCUUCCAUCAAAUACAGUUGCAAUGUCACCGUGAGAAAGCUUCUCUAUCCAAUUGGUAAGGGACCAAACAGCCAACACCUUACUUGCUGGUCAACAUACAAACUUUUAAUUUCUAUUUAAAUGUAAAGCAAUAAAUUGCAACCCUAUUGUAUUUAAGACUUAGAAAAAAGUGCCUGUAUCAAUGUUAGGUACACGUAAGUGCUGUGCCAUAAGUUAAACACCAGUUAUGGCAAUUGUAUUGUAAAUUAACAUGUAACGGUAUCGGUAUAACGUUAUCUCUUACCAUUCUUGGGCUAUUCCAAUGAGAUCUCAUUCUAAACACCCAGCUUACGUUUUCCCGUACAUUUGUAAAAAGCCUAGGUAUAUAUAAAAUUAGUUGUGUAUUCCCCUUUUUUGUUUUGUAAAUAAGUUUGUUACCAAUCGUGUAUUCUAAUGGUGAAAUGUUUUUAUUGUUGUAUGAGAGCGCAGUUCCAUUGUGCUGAGCUAGCGGUCACGGCUGACACACUUCUCAUUUCACUUGCAGUUAUAAUUAUAAGCUCUUCAGUUGGUUCAGUCGUGGUUCUGCGCUCAGGUUUGAAAGUUAAUAAGUUGUUUUCGCCCUUGUACUUGCAUGUCUGUCUAAUGCGGAGAAUAAAGUUACAUUUAACUAAC